UUUUGUACCGCUACGAUAUAAACACUACUCGCAGAUUGUACAGAGCUGCACAGAUCUACUCUCAAAAUACAAAACCGUUUCCUAUUGGAUUUCCAGAGCAACUUGGAGCAAUUUAUUUAUAUGUAGUUUCGUUCAACUCGAUUUUCGUCCUAUUUCUCUGCCUCUCACGAGGUGUCGGCAACAAUAAAGGCGAGCCGCGAGGCUCAAAGAUAUCAAUUCCUGCGUACUACUCUCGGUCCCGGCGACAGAUAGGGAGAUUUUACUAAUUUCACUCUCAGAUAGACACGCACCUUUAAGUUAAGAGGUUAAACUACAUUGUGAGCGCUGUAUAUGAACUCCGCGAUUCGAGAUUUAUUGUAUUAAAAUUUAAUCACAAAUCAUUAAAUUAAAUUAUUUCUAUUUAAAAAUUUCUACUUAUUUUUCUAUAAAAUGAAUAUUGCUUGUGCUGUAUGCAGUGAUUUGUUAACAGAAACUGACGAUAUAUCUCAUACAUCUUGUGGACAUGUAUUUCAUUUCGUAUGUUUGUCUCAGUGGUUACGAAAAUUUCCAACUUGCCCACAAUGUACAAAGAGGACCGCAUCACAUAAAAUACACAGAUUAUAUUUCAAUUUCUGUAAUAAUGAUCGUAUUACAGAUGAAAUACAUUCUUUACAAGAUAAAGUUGAUAUACUAAGUCUAGAACUAACUCGGAAAGAGAAAGAUGCCAAGCAUUAUUCAGAAAAAUCUGAAGCCAUAGAAAAAAAAGAUGAAAGCCUGAGAAAAGAAAUAUUACAUUAUUCGCACAUUAGGGAUAUAAUGCAACAGCGGCUUAAUCAUGUUAGGAAACAAGCUUCAGAAACAGACAGCAUGAAAAAAGAUAAUAAACGGCUGAGGAAACAACUAGAAACCUACAUCAAGUAUUUAUUUAUAUUUUUCUUGUUUUUUUUCAGUUUUUCAUAUGGAGUGUCAUUAAAAUGAUAAUAGAACUUAAUAUUAUUUUUUCCAUUAA